AUGUCAUCUGCCUCAACAUCGGGUCUAUCAGCCUCCGUCACGCGCAUUUUGUCUUUGACAGGCUUUGCAAAGGAGCUGAAGACAAAAGACAUACAGGCUGCAUUUUCGGAAUGGGAAAACAUCGGUGGAGGCUUCAAGAUUAAAUGGAGAGAUGACACGAGCCUUUUGAUCGUUUUCCAAGAUGCAUCAGUUGCCAAACGUGCAUAUCUACACACGCUCGCGUUCCCUCCUGCUAUCCUUACUACCGGCAGUUCCGCUACCAUCAAACCGUAUGAUGGGUCUGACGCCCAAACUGUCAUCCAGACAGUUAACACUCGUGGCCAGCACACAGGCAAUGCUUCUCGUGGUCAUAAUUUGCGCGCAGCCUCUAUUUCUGUCUUCCCCAGCCGCAGCACCAACAGCAGUCAGAACGGAUUACGCAACGGAAACGUCCAGAAUGGCCACGUGCCGAGUGCUACUAUUUCGGAGCAUUCACCAAGGCUCAACGGGCGUGAGCCUUCUCCGACCCUUCCGACACUCCCUUCUCACCCAUCUCUGAAUGACCUCAUAAAUUCAGCCGUGUCACACGAUGAUCCCGCUAUUCUUCACGCGGAAGGACCACCAAAGAUUGGAGAUCCAGGGAAGAGAAUGUUGGGAGCUGCAUUGGGUGUGAGACAUCCUGCACUGGGACCGCGGGUCAUUAAUGGAAGCCAUGCAACCGGUGGGGCAAGUCCCGGUACCAGUCCCAGGGGCAGUGGACUUGAUUCUACCAUGAGAGACAUGCAGAGGGCAAUGGGAGGGCUGACAGUUGUCGAGUGAAUAAUACACCAUGUCCGAGGAUGGGUGUUCGGAUUGGCAGAGUGCGUGUAAUUGAUGUUUUUUUUCGUGGCUGAUACGCAUCCCUUGAUGCAUAAUUGGAGGAUUUCAUAUUUUUCUGUUUCUUUGUGCUAUUAGUUCCCUGCAUUCCUCGUGUCACGAUACGUAGUCCCUCGUUUUUUCGAAUGUUUUUGUGCAGCCAGCCAAUUACUACACAUUCUAACGCCAACAAUCUAGGCUCGCCAGCC